AUGGCCACCCAAACACUGAAGGAGACUGUCAUGCAUGACCAUCGCGAAUUGUUCUAUGAUCAGUACAAGAACGCUGCGGACGCGGAGAGCAAGGAAAAGUGGUCCAACCAAUAUACCUGGGUGGUGACCAGGCAUUCCGUCAGCGAAGAGAUAGUCGUCUAUCCACUCUUCGAAAAGAAGCUCGGGGAGGAAGGUAAGAAAAUGGCGGAUAAGGACCGCACCGAGCAUAGGGAAGUCAAAGUCUUGUUAGCCCGCGUUGGAAAUCUCUCUGUUGGUGCACCCGAACACGAAAACGUCCUGAGCAAGGUGAACGACGUCCUUGCCGAGCACAUGAAAGGCGAGGAGGAACACGACCUCCCUCUGUUGGAGUCCAAGUUGCAGACGGAGGAGUCUUACAACGCCGAACGUGAAUUUCAGAGGACCAAGGCUCUUGCACCCACGAGGCCCCAUCCCACGGCACCAGACAAGCCACCGUACGAAAUUUUGGCUGGGUUCCUUGCUCUCCCCAUGGACAAGAUCAAAGACCUGUUUUCGAAAUUCCCGACAGAGGAAGAGAUCAAAGCAGCUAAGGGGAAGGCUGGCAUUUAG